AUGUUUCCCCAGGGUCGACACCCGGUAAGGUCGGCCAGUGAAACGCAUUUCCCAUCCGCAGGUUCUCUGCACUCAUUUGUCAUGUUGAACCAUUUUCGCAUUUGUAUAGCCCACGAUGGCGGGUCGGUCGAAGUUCCUUUGUUUGUCAUUGCCUAAGCGGCUGUCGGCCUGUAACAUUUCUGUAUUGAGUUUAUCAUGAUGCACUCUCAGUAAUUAGGGCAAGGCGCAUAUCGCACUUGGCAGCGAAUGCUGCAUUGCUUUUUGUGUAAUUCACUACUAAUUAGCCUACAUCUAAAGUAUUUUAAAUGCUUAAUGAGUUGCAGAAACAAAGGUUUUGAAUAAUGGUAAAAUGGGUAUUUUGUUUUUUUUAACAGACACCCCACCAGGCCCCAGGCCAACCUUUCAAAUUCACAAUCCCAGAGUCACUGGACCGCAUCAAAGAGGAGUUCCAGUUUCUCCAAGCCCAGUACCACAGGUGAGUGGCUGUUCAACAUACACACACACACUCUGAGGCCAAGACGUCACAGUUUGUGUGCUCAGACUGCAUAGGUCUAAGCCAUGCUGAUGUGCUUGAGCCAGAGGAGUGGUGUCUGAGGUCAGAUUAUCAAAAUCCCCUCUUAUUCCCUAUGUGUGAAACUGCAUGUUGCUGUAUUUGGGACUAGUGAGGGGUAAAUGAGAGAGCUGGAAUAUCCUGCAUGAUCACAGUAGAAGGCAGUAGGCUAUACUGCUGCUAUUUUAGCCCUAUGACCUAUAACCUUCUGUUACUGAAAAAGGCAAACAAAUAUUGCUCUUCCAUGAUUCCAAGAGGUUUUCCUGACCAUGUGACCCUCUGCAGAUAUGUUUAUCUGAACUGAAUUAUGAAUGUUUUCUGGUUAUGUGUUCAGGAUUGGUGAUGGUAUCUGAGGCCUUUUGCUUUGUUUUGAUUGUGUCCCUGUCCUCGGCAGUUUGAAACUGGAGUGUGAGAAGCUGGCCAGUGAGAAGACAGAGAUGCAGAGGCACUAUGUUAUGGUGAGUCCAAUCAGCACAAUCUAUGUUCAACUCUCAUCAAAUCAACUCUAGAUGUUAACACUGUCAGUGUGUGGAUAGAUAUAUUGCCACAUUGUACAUGCAAGCCUGCUGUCAACUCUUAUUGUUGCUCACACACACAUGAACAGGACUACACACACCCAGCAUGCACAAACGCACAUUCUCUCUCUCACAUUCUGUGCUCAAUGAUUUCCAGUACAUUAUUGACUUGGGGUCAGUACCACAUUUUGAGGUUGUUUUGUCCUUUUCAAACACCAGCAGUAUUAUUCACGUAUCUCUCUUAUGGCCAAGAAGCAGUCUACUUUGAGAUUGGAAUAUACUGUAAUCCUAGUAACUCCAACUCUGUCAUCCACAGUACUAUGAAAUGUCUUACGGGCUGAACAUUGAAAUGCACAAACAGGUAAGCCUCACACUCUCUCUUCUCUAUCUCUCAUCUAUAGUGUGUGUGUGGGUUCACCCAGGGAAUGAGCUUUUAGCCUGCCAGGGAACUUGGGUUUAUCAAUGAUAGAUGGUGCUCUGUUUCUCUCUAGUUAGACCCAAUGGUACGAGCCCAGAGGCAGGAUGAAUUACUCUGAUUGAUUGGUAUUGUCUGGGGGAGUAGCCUGUUUUAUUGCAUUGAAGAGGCUGGGCUGGGGAAGGCAUAGGAAUCAAUCACGGAGCUCCUUGAUCCAGGAAAUGCAAAGGAGCACUCCUCCUCCAUACAUACAUGCAUACACACACACGUGCAGGUUUGCCCCACAGGACCAGAGCACUCUGGCUCACAGCAUUUACCAGUAAUUACCACAGAAAUCGAUUGGUCAGGACAGAGGAAAUUGGAGGUGGAUUGGCCUGGGUGGUUUGCUGAGGAAGGAUUAUGUGGGUUCUAUCUCUCGCUCUAUCUCUCUCUCUUUCUGAUACUAAUGCAUGCCUCCUAUUGUGAGGAAGAUGCCAUUUCUGCUCAUUGUCUCCAGAGGGGGGUGUAUUGUGAGUGCUGUAUCGCUGCUGCCUCCUCACUGUAGCCUGUUGCUCUGGCCACUCCAGCCCCAGGCUAAUGUGGCCUCCCCUUGGAGCAGUGGAGGCUGCUGAGGGAGGACUGCUCAUAAUAAUGGCCGGAACGGAGCAAAUGAAAUGGCAUCAAAAGCAUGGAAACCAUGUGUUUGAUGUAUUUGAUACCAUUCCACCAAUUCCGCACCAGCCAUUACCACGAGCCCGUCCUCCCCAAUUAAGGUGGCACCAACCUCCUGUGCCUUGGAGCCCCUGUCUCUGCUGCCUGGGUGUAUGGGGUUUUAGGAGAGUGGAGAGCAGACCCAUUCUCCUGCUCAUAAGGGGCUAAAUUCCGAACUCACUCCUAGGGACUUUACGUAGAUCCUAACGGAAUCGAGUGGACUUCCAUGAACUGGUAUGGUAUUAGGUCUAGCUCCAUCUUGCCCUCUUGAUAGGUUGAAGUUUAGCCUAUCCAGUCCUCAGGUGAACUACAGAACCAGCAGUGCCUGGGGGUUAAAGGGCGACUGCACUUCCUGAUUUGGCCUUGUUUUUCAUCAUUGCUUAUUAAGAAAUGCUAGCGGCCAUGACUGAAGGCAAACGAGAGUUUGAUGUGGGUGUCUUUGCCAUUCAAUCACAACAAACAGUAGCUAGCCAGUUUGAGUUAAAACAUUAUUGAAAGCAAGCUGCCAACAUGCAUCAAACAUGUCAUCAGGUUUGCUUGAUCAUGAGCAAGCUAGCUAACGUUAGCUAGCAGGGAUCAAACCUGUCUUCAGGUGCAACGUUGGCUAUAAAAAUCUUCCUCUCACAUUACACGUUAGGGAGAGGCUAUGUAUUUGGCUAGUUACAUCACAGUAUCAUGGCGGCAUAGCCUAUCAAAAAAUGACCUGUAGCUAGCUAGCUAACGUAGCUAGCUAGCUAUGAACAAAACUUAGUUACUUACCAACACACCAGUCUCAGGUUUGACCGUUGACAGCCCAAGUAGAAACUAGUCAGAUGUAAUCCAUAUCCUGGCCAUCUGCCCAAGAUUGUUGAACAACUUUAUGGAAGCCCAUUUUCUAUAGAGUAGCUAUUUCCUGAGCAAGGGCAAGUACUAAUCACACCUCUUGUCUGGUGAAGAGGUUCCAGUCGGCGGGGCUUGCUCAUUUUCAACCAUUCCAUUGGUCCUCCACCUGCCCAGGGCACCGGGCCAUGUAAAGCCAACUCGCCCAGUCUUUUCACAGAAAACACAGUGCCACAAUAGGCAAAAGGGGGCAUGAAUUGUUGACAUACAGUGCAUUCAGAAAGUAUUCAGACCCCUUGACUUUUUACACAUUUUGUUACGUUACAGCCUUAUUCAAAAAUUGAUUAAGUAUUUUUUUCUUCCCCCUCAUCAAUCUACACACAAUCCCCAUAAUGACGAAGCAAAAAUAGGUUUUUAGAUUUUUUUCUCUCAAACCCUUUACUCAAUACUUUGUUGAAGCACCUUUGGCAGCGAUUACAGCCUCAAGUCUUCUUGGGUAUGACGCUACAAGCUUGCCACACCUGUAUUUGGGGAGUUUCUCCCAUUCUUCUCUGCAGAUCCUCUCAAGCUCUGUCAGGUUGGAUGGGGCGCGUCGCUACACAGCUAUUUUCAGGUCUCUCCAGAGAUGUUAGAUCAGGUUUCAGUCCGGGCUCUAGCUGGGCCACUCAAUGACAUUCAGAGACUUGUCCCGAAGUCACUCCUGCGUUGUCUUGGCUGUGUGCUUAGGGUUGUUGUCCUGUUGGAAGGUGACCCUUCGCCCCAGUCUGAGGUCCUGAGCGCUCUGGAGCAGGUUUUCAUCAAGGAUCUCUCCGUACAUUGCGCUGUUCAUCUUUCCCUCGAUCCUAACUAGUCUCCCUACAACUGAAAAACAUCCCCACAGCAUGAUUCUGCCACAACCAUGCUUCACCAUAGGGAUGGUGCCAGGUUUCCUCCAGAUGUGACGCUUGGCAUUCAGGCCAAAGAGUUCAAUCUUGGUUUCAGCAGACCAGAUAAUCUUGUUUCUCAUGGUCAGAGUCCUUUAGGUGCCUUUUGGCAAACUCCAAGCGGGCUGUCGUGCCUUUUACUGAGGAGUGGCUUCCGUCUGGCCACUCUUCCAUAAAGGCCUGAUAGGUGGAGUGCUGCAGAGAUGGUUGUCCUUCUGGAAGGUUCUCCCAUCUCCACAGAGGAACUCUGGAGCUCUGUCAGAGUGACCAUCGGGUUCUUGGUCACCUCCCUGACCAAGGCCAUUCUCCCCCGAUUGCUCAGUUUGGCCCAGCAGCCAGCUCUAGGAAGAGUUUUGGUGGUUACAAACUUUUUCCAUUUAGGUGGACUCAAAUCAAGUUGUAGAAACAUAUCAAGGAUGAUCAAUGGAAAUAGGAUGCACCUGAGCUGAAUUUCGAGUGUCAUAGCAAAUCCAGAUAUAAAUAAGGUAUUUCUGUUUUUUGAUUUUUAAUAAAUUUGCUAACAUUUCUAGAUCUGUUUUCACUUUGUCAUUAUGGGGUAUUGUGUGUAGAUUGAGGAACUUUUUAUUUAUUUAAUCCAUUUUAGAAUAAGGCUGUAACGUAACAAAAUGUGGAAAAAGUAAAGGGGUCUGAAUACUUUCCGAUUGCACUCAAGUAAGCCAAACCAAACCCUCAAGUAAGUUAUGACACAGUCACUUACCAAACUUUGUUUACACUUUGUAGUCAAUUUUGACACUAGAAUGAAUGUUUCUGACUCGUAUUGAUGCCACAUAGGCCAUUUCAAACCAGAGAAGUUGGUUCUAAAGGGCAGUUGAUCUUUAAGAGAGAGGGGUGGUUCUGGAAUUCAACAUAUGUCCUCCUAGUCCCUGUAGGGCUCACUUUCUCUGCCACCUGGCAGGCCCUGUUGCUCAGUUCACGCCUUCUGACCUACGACCUGAAGGCCCCCCAUCACUGAUAUCCUAGCUGAUGACUUGAGAACUCGCCAUGAUUGCGAUGUGUGGUUAGUUUUGUCACCUACUACCCUAGUUGAACACUUAUCGUAAGUCUUAUGCUCUGCAUAAGAGCGUCAGUCUACUCAAUGACGACAGGCGAUCCUUUCAAUGUAACCCUCUGGCAUGUGUGAUAACCACCAUGCUGCCUGACUUUUGGGGUGUGUUUGGGUUUGUUUGAGUUGGGUAAGACACAGGCGAGGUAAGUGCCACUGACCCACUUUGGCCUCCAGCUCUGGGUCACGUGUAGAUUUCCUUAACCGCCCCUUAAUGAAUCCCGUUAGCUCCCUCUAGUGAUGUUACGUUAGAUACCAGAGCUCCGAUUCUUCAUGCAUUGAAAUCGCUAAGCAGUUUACUUCGAAACAGUGGGCAGAUGCUUGUCACUCUAUCAGAAGCACGUAAUCAAUGACAAUCGAAGCUUCAUUUUGUCGAACAACCACCUGAUUGGUUUGGUAGAAGGCAAACAAAAAAUUUUGACCAGCAGGUGCCACUACAGUAUACUGUGUUGGUCAAAGCCUCAAGUAAUGAACCUAUUUUUGACAAUUGGCUGGAAAUGCUCAGUGCUUCAGGAAGCUUAGUUUCCCCAUAACUAGCUCCCUCCCGUGGGCUUAGCGGUAGUGUACUGGACACCGCCUGUUCCCAGCCUGCAGCACCUAUCUGCUGGCUAAGAAUACCCCUCAGACAUUCUGGGAAAGCACAGUGGGAGAAGCAGGUAUUUUUUUGGCUAGUGGGCUAUUAUAGGUCAUCUGCUGUGUUUCUAGGAGCUAGGCAGCAGCCAGGCCAACAGCAGGUGUGUGUGUGCUAAUGAUAAGUCUGUCAGGCCAGGGCUUUCGAGGGCGUCACAUGAGGACAGGGCCGAUGGCUGGACUGCUAGAAGACUGGCUGGAGGAAUUAAACCAAUUUAUUUUACAAAGCUUUUUUACAUCAACCGUUGUCACAAAGUGCUUUAAAAACCCAUAGAGCAAGCAAUGCAGAGGCAGAAGCACAGUGGCUAGAAAAAACUCCCUAGACGGCAGAAACCUAGAGAGGAACCAGGCUCUGAGGGGUGGCAAGUACUCUUCUGGUGCAGCUUGGAUAUGAUGUUAUGGAGAUUUGGGGCCAUAUGUAUCAAGAAUCCCAGAGGAGGAGUGCUGAUUUAGGAUCAGUUUAGCCUUUUAGAUCACAAUGAAUACGAUUACAUGGACAGGGGGGACCUGAUCCUAGGUCGGCACUCCUGCGCUGAGAAGCUUGAUACAUACGGCCCCUGGGCCUGGAUUUUUUAAGGAAAAUGGGCUUUGUGUGUCUGUCUGUGCGUGUGUCUGAGUGAUGUCCCAUUACUGCAUUCAGAGGCUCCUCUAGUUUCACCUGUACCCUGACCCGCCUUGUAUCAAUUUGUUUGGCCGAUAUGUAAUUUGAGCUGGAUCAUCUGAUUUGCCGCCACCGUGGGGGUAUAGGGUAUCCAGCCAAUCGCAGUCACCCCCGAGGGCCGGAUGCCUGGCCAUGGAUAUGAGAGUGGGACCAAAUGAAAUUAGGAGUGAUGAGAUUAUUUUAAGAGCCGAUGGGAAUGGAAGAACAGAAGAGUGAGGCACAGGGUGAAACCUAAUCUCAGGCUGACAUGAUAGCAAGGUGGGAGCCUCUCUCUGAUUCACUGCUGUGAGUGUGUGAGCGGAGCUUGAGUGGCGCUAGGAGCGGAGCGUGCCCAUUUUGACUAAAGCGCGGAGCAAGUUUCCCAAAGUCUGGAGCGUCGGCCUUCUCGCCCGCUCCAAUUCUGCUCCACUAAAUAUUUUCAUAAAGGAAUUGAUAAAAUACGCCGGUGCAAAAUCAAGGUGACCUACAAAGAUGAGGAGGACCAAGAGCAAGAGAGGGAGUGUGGUGAUGUAGUGUCCACAACUACAGAGUCAUUGUGGAAUCUGAAAAUACAUGUAUCCCGAAAGCAUGAUGGUGUACUUACUAUGUCUUACUAGGCCUGCUGUCAUAUUACCUCGUUCAAGGAGCUUUCUGUUUUGAUAGGGUUAUUUUGCCUAAAAACCUUAAGGCCUACCUAUAGAAAAAUAAAAAAACAACUCCGCAUCCCUGCCCAGCCUGGCAAGAGUGUCCCGAAGGGUGUUUAGCAUCCCUAGUAGCUCUGCAAGAGCAGAGAGGGUCUUCUCCACUGCUGGCCUGCUCUCCAGGCACCAUCGCAUGAGCCUGAAGCCACAGACUCUGGCCAAACUGGUGUUUCUAAAAGUGAAUUCAAAGGCCUAAUAAAGCAUUUUUCGUUUAAUUGUUAUUUAAUUCUAAGUAAGUCACAGCCUAUAGAGUAUGCAUGUAUAGACUAUAAUACUUCAAUACAACUAAAUGUUGUUUAAAUGCUGAGCGCUUAAUGUUCAUGCCAGCCUAGUGUGUCGCACUUGCAAAUGCUUCACAAUUUUAUUUAUUUGUAGGCUAUAGCCUUGAAAUAAUUGAAAUAGGCUAAUCAUAAUAUAGCCUAAAUAUACUUAACAAAAAUAUAAAUGCAGUUCAUAUAAGGAAAUCUGUCAAUUGAAAGACAUUUAAUUAGGCCCUAAUCUAUGGAUUUCAUGACUGGGCAGGGGCACAAUCAUGGGUGGUCCUGGGAGGGCAUAGACCCACCCACUUGGGAGCAAGGCCCACCCAUUGGGGAACCAGGCCCAGCCAAUCAGAAUGAUUAUACUCAGCAGUUUCAUCAGCUUUCUGGGUGGCUGGUCUCAGACGAUCCCGCAGGUGAAUAAGCCAGAUGUGGAGGUCCUGGGCUGGCGUGGUUACACGUGGUCUGUGGUUGUUAGGCCAGUUGGACGUACUGCCAAAUUCUCUAAAACGACGUUGUUUAUGUUAUAAAAAUGAACAUUCAAAUUCUCUGGCACCAGCUCUGGUGUACAUUCCUGUAGUCAGCAUUCCAAUUGCACGUUCCCUCAACUUGAGACAUCUGUGGCAUUGUUGUGUGACAAAACUGCACAUUUUAGAGUGGCCUUUUAUUGUCCCCAGCACAAAGUGCACCUGUAUAAUGAUCAUGCUGUUUAAUCAGCUUCUUGAUAUGCCACACGUGUUAGGUGGAUGGAUUAUCUUGGUCAAAGGAGAAAUGCUCACUAACAGGGAUGUAAACACAUUUGUGUACAAAAGUAUAGAGAAAUGAGCUUUUAGUGCAUAUGGAACAUUUCUGGGAUCUUUUAUUUCAGCUCAUGAAACAUGGGACCAACACUUGACAUGUUGCGUUUAUAUUUUUAUUCAGUAUAAUUCAUUUUCAUUCCUUCUUUGGCUACAUGUCUGGUUCCCGACCUAUUUUUUGAGUGUUUAUAUGCUGUUUAAUAUGACAUGUAGCCUAUUUGAAAUGAUGACCGCUUCUUACUGUCACCUUUUUCAUGUUGUUUAUUAAAAUACUUUUCAUUCAAAUCAUAUGGUUUGGUUUCAAUACUUCAAAACCAAAUGGUAGGUCCAGGUAGUCACAAAAAUAGAUUGGUGUUGGUUAAAUUGUGAUUUUAAUUUGAAUGAAUGGAGCGAAUUUGGAGUAGCAGUUUUUUUCCCUGUGAGUGAGGAGUAUUUCUUUUAGCGGAGUGGUUGGAAAGGAUGUGGUGCGCCGGCGCACGGCUUGGAUUUCCGACCGCUCAACCUCCACUCCGCUCACAUGCUCUGGUCUGCACACCUAUGUGUGUGACUGCGUGCGCAUGCCUGUGGUGCGCUCGAUUGUGUGUAUGCGCGCAACUGCAUGUGUUUUCUGUGAACUGUGGCAGCAAGCUGUUAACUAGCCCUCUCUCCCCCAAGUUAAUUGUGAAUGGAGUCAUUCACACCCAUAUUGACUAAUAUGUGUUGUGUGCAUUGAGCCCAUGUCAUGACAGAUAGCAUCAGUUGCUCCUAAGAGCAGUUAGAUGUCUGCCUAUCCUUCAGUAACUCUCCAGCAUCACACAUACAUGGGGAUAUCAGGUGGAGUUGACCUAUGGUGUACUCGGAAGCCAGGCUGAAACUGGGAGGGACAUGCCUGAACUUGUCCAAUAAGAAACUCUCAUUUUCAUUGCAAAACCUUUUCUCGUUGCAAAAUGUUUUGCUAUGGUGUGCGCUAAUGAAUACACCCCAGGUGGAGUUGACCUGAACAUACUAGCUGUGUAGCUCAGUUGGUAAAGCAUGGUGCUUGCAACGCCAGGGUUGUGGGUUUGUUUCCCACGGGGGGCCAGUAUGAAAACAUUUAUGCACUCACUAACUGUAAGUCGCUCUGGAUAAGAGCAUCUGCUAAAUGACUAAAAUGUAAAUACAAUCAGGAUCCCUUUGGAUCUCUGUGCAUGCUAAUUGUAGCUGCUAGGCUAUUUCUGGUGCUGUUGACACUGCCCAUACUUAUCCAUCCUGUACUCUAUCCAACAGACAGAGAUCGCCAAGAGGCUCAAUACCAUCUGUGCACAAGUCAUCCCCUUCCUCUCACAGGAGGUAGGUGUGUGUGUGUGUGUGUGUGUGUGUGUAUCCACACUACUAUGAAAUGUCUUACGGGCUGAACAUUGAAAUGCACAAACAGGUAAGCCUCUCUCAUUCUUCCCUUUCACUCCCCUGUAUUGUGUGUGUGUACCCAUGCAGCACCAACAGCAGGUGAUCCAGGCAGUGGAGAGGGCCAAGCAGGUCACCAUGGGCGAACUCAACUCCGUCAUCGGGGUACGUGGCCUUCCCGGUCUACCACCCACAGUAAAUGCACUCUCUACUACAACUUCCUGUGUUUGUGUGUACUGCGAUAGUGUGGGUGUGUGUGACAUUUUAUUACUGAAAUGUAGAGUUAUUUACCCAAGGAUAUGCUACUACUGUUUUGCAACCAUAAUAUCUGCUGUGUGUAUAUAUUAUAUUAUUAUUAUAUUUAGGCUGCUGUUUGGAUAUUUAGGCUGCUGUUUGGAUUUUCUCAACGGUUCUGGGAAGCUUUGGAGGGGGUGGGGGCUUUGCUUGAUGGCUGUGGCGGGGGGUGGCGGUUGCCAUUUUGAGUCUUAAUUGCAGGAUUCUAGUGUGUAUAAAGGGGGUUUGAGCGUCUGGUCCUCCCACCAAGCUGUCAGUCACCCUGUUUGUGUGUUAAAUGAGUGUAAUGAAGCAUGGCCACCCUUUCACUCCUCCCCCUCCGGCUUACCCUAAAGGCGUCAGCAUUCUUCAGUUCGGCUGGCGCCUAGCCGAACUUGGCUAGCCGAACCGAACGACUGUGCUCACAUACUCCCUUAAGACCUUCGCAUGUAAAAUAAGAAAAAAAAUGGCAGAAGUACUCUGUCCAUUUUGAGACGCCGUUGAAUUAAUCGAAGAUAACUAAAGAAAUCCGUCAUUAAUUUUGCCGUUUUUGCCGAGGAGGUCUUAGUCACACAAUUUUACAUCUAACUAAGUAAGAUGUUUGGUGCAGUAUUUCUCCCCAAAACAAAUUGUGCAUGAAAACGAGUCUUCUCUCGUUGAAUGACGACAGACUUUAUUGAAGAAUCCCUACUGUUGACCAAUCAGCGACGAAGGGGCAUAGACUUCGGCUCCAAACUUCCGCUUGCCUCCAGAAAAUAUGAAGUGUGCCCGAACAGCUGAAAUGAACAAAAACAUCACAAAAUGUCAUCAUAAUAUAGCCCACACCUUAACACCCCCUGACACACAGGGCUCCCCUUGCCUCCACCAAUACCUCCCCUCCAUUGACUCUCACCGUGUGUGUGAGAGCGUCCUUUGCUGUGCUGUUUUGGCACAGCGAACAAGGGUUUGGGUGGUGUGUGUUUUGGAGGGCAAGCGCAGGGAUUAGUGCUGUGAAAGCCACACCCACUGUUACUGGGCCUGCAGUAUGAAAAUGUAUGCACUCACUUAACUGUAAGUCGCUCUGGAUAAGAGCGUCUGCUAAAUGACUAAAAAUGUAAAAAGCAUGGAGAUGGGGAUAGAGUGCUGUGGCGUCUCUUUCCUGUGGUUCUCUGAGGGGGGGGGGGGCUUAGUCAAUUAGGUGAGAUAAAGAGGGUUGACCUUCACCACUGCCCCUCCCCCACUCUACUACUGAGAACUCCCUCCCCCUGCGGCAAAUCUCUGGAGUUUGAUUCCCGCGGCUACUGUCUGAAGACGCAAUAAUUAUGUUUUGGAACACAAAAGCUUUUCACGCUCAGACGAACGCCUGAUUUGGUGUGAAAGAGACCGAGACCUGACAGCUAAACGCCCCCAAUCCACCAGAGUCCCCCACCCUCCCUGGCCUGCAGGCAGCAGCUGGAGCUCUCUAACCCCUUCUCCUCUCGUAUCCUCCCUCCAUCCUCAGGCUCUGGGCUGUGAUCCCAGCUGUCACUAUUGUUCAUUGUUUGACCCCAGAGGGAGGUGUUUGCGUGUGUGUGUGAGAAACAGUGUGUGUGUGUGUGUGUGUGUUGAGGGGGAGGUUUACUGCCUCUGACAUUAUUUGUAAGCAGGCCACGUCGUUGAAAGCUGCUCUUGAUGAAAGAGUCAUGAAUUCCUCUAUAUAUUUUCACAUUGAUCACUCUGCUCCAUCUGUGUAUUAAUGGCUUGUCGUAUUGAUUGACACACUUUCCAGUGGUAGGCCAUAUUGAUUAUGGAUUAGUAAUUGAUUGCUGUUCCCUCUCUCUCUCUCUCUCUCCUGUAGCAGCAGCAUCUGUCCCACGCACAUGGCCCCCAUGUCCCUCUCACACCCCACCCUGCGGGGCUCCACCCAGCCCACCUGGGGGGAGGGGCCAGCCUGCUCGCCCUGUCCAGUGCCCUGGCGGCACCACCACACCACCUGGUGUGCAAAGAGGACAAGAAACACCAGUCAGAGGCCGAGUACCUGAGAGGUGAGCAGCAGCCACACCCACUGUUACUGGGCCUGUCUGGCCCGCCCACAUAG